UCUGGCAACACUGGAACUAGUGGAACUAACCUUAAACCUUAUCUUCUUUUUCGUUUUGCUGUCAAACAAAAAAAACAUUUAAUAUUAUUGUUAAAUACGAUACGAUUUUAGAAAAUAAAGAUAUUAUCACAUUAACACAUGAAUAAAAUCAAUUUCAAUUCAUGGGAGUAUAUCGAAAUAUUUUACUUUCUCAAAAUGCACAAAGAUACUUUCUUGGUACUGUUGGAACCUUUAUAAAAUAUGGUUGUUUAGCACACUGCACUUUUCAAUUUGUUGGAGAUUUUGUACUGUGUUCGGGCCCAUCAAUGGAACCUACCAUACAUUCAGAUGAUAUUCUUUUAACAGAACAUAUUACACCAUGGAUGGGACAAAUCCGGCAUGGAGAUAUCAUCAUAGCUAAAUGUCCAUCGAAUCCUAAACAGCAGAUCUGCAAGCGAGUAAUUGGACUACCAGGGGAGACUGUUAAAGUUGGUUUUGCUUCCUAUAAGAGUGUCCCUCGGGGGCAUGUUUGGUUACAAGGUGAUAACAAUAGUAACUCAUUAGAUAGUCGAAGUUAUGGACCUAUACCCCAAGGCUUAAUUAAAAGUAGAGCAAUUUGUAAAGUUUGGCCAAUUAAAAGUGUUUCUAUGUUAGUAUCUUAAAUUUAAAUUAUUUUAUCUUAAG